GCAAGUUUGAACCUAUGGUCUGAACCCUGCAGAGUGAUACGUUUAUUGUUUGUGAGUUCUUAAAAUCAUUAGAAAUUCGCUACGUUAUUUGGAAUAAAUCUGGAUCAAGCCAUUAGCUACUGGAUACUGGUGAACAGUUUGCUUUAGUGCUAGAUCGCUUCAGCAGUUUAAGUAAGUUAGGUAACUGCUGAAUUACUUCCCUGCUGGUCAGGUUUGUCGGGUUCAUAGAAGCUAACUGCUAACGAUAUAUGUAAACUGGCGUCAAUUUUAUUAUUUGCGUCGUAUCCUACAGUCAAUAAAGAAGGAAGCGUGCCUGUCAGUUAGCUAGCUGUCGCUAGCUGAGCACCUAACGUCGAUACACGGCAGCGCAGCUUAGCUAAUAGCUAGCUAAAUUUAUCUCAAGGAUAACGGAUGCCGUCUAGUAGCUAGCUACAUAAAACACAAGUUGUUGACCAAGUUAGCUAGGUCGGUCAGUGUCCCUUGGUAGCAUCUCCAGUAUACAUAUUGAAUGAAAGUUCCACCGUUAUUUUCAUGUCGCUGCAGUUUGUAAGCUAGCUAUGUUCCUGCGUUUCGUUGUAGCUAGCUAGCGUUUGUUGUUUAUCAUUGAUUUUGAACUCGAACUUGCAUGCCAAGGACAGCUAUGGGAAGACCAGUCAGUUAAAUGACCGCUAGUUUGAUUAAAACUGGAUAUUAAAAGUGUGAUUUUCACUUGACAGCGUUUACGAUAAUGCCACGUAGAUCGAAAAAAGUUUACGCAACAAAACGCCAAUGGAAGCGGUGGAGAGAGUUUCCAGAAGAAUGGUUACUUGUAGUUGCGGCACGGAAACGUAACCGUGAGCAAAAGAAAAGAUUGAAAUUGCAGUCCGUGAAAGCUGAGGAGGGUGACACCACCGUGUGCACCGUUUACGUCCAGGAAGCGCUGGACUCGGGAAAAGGUACGGGAGAAGCCAUCAAAGCCUCUGAAUCCGCGGAGUGUGCUCCCCCCUGCGACGAGGACGAGUGGUACGCCCCGAUAACGGAGGAUCUGUCCGCAUCAUCGUCCGAAGACGCCGACGGCAGUCCGGAAGGGUCCAACGCCGAGGAAGAAGGGGGGGGAUCACUUUCGCCCGCGCAAAGCAGCAGAGAGCGGCGCCCUGCGUCGCGACGUCGGAGGGUGCGUCGGUGUGACGGGCCGCCCUACAUCUGCAGCCUGUGCGGCAAGACUGCGAGAACCUCAGCCAAGCUCCAAGAGCACUACCGCGUGGUGCACGGAGAGGCCAAGCCGUACUCCUGCGAGGCGUGCGGGAGGCGGUACCUGACGAUGGGCGGACUGGAGGGCCAUCGCCGGGUCCACGCGCGCCGGGGCCAACUCUGCGGCGAAACCCGCGGCGAGCUGGAGGGGGGGCGCCCGGGGGACGCCGGGGCAGAUCCGCUCCGCUGCCGGGAGUGCGGGAAGAGGCUGAAGACCCGGGUCACGCUGCGCUGUCACGAGCGGAUCCACACAGCCCGCCGGCCCUACGCCUGCCCCGACUGCAGCCAGAGCUUCCGCUGGUCCAAUCAGCUGACCCGGCACCGGCGGAGCCACCGGGACCGGUGACCGAUCCCCGCCAGGGGGAGGGGCUUCGGGAGGCGUCGACAUCCGGGCCCCUUAACGUUCUAUUUUAUGCAACUGUCGCAGUUCCGGACGACAGCGAUAAGAGUUCUAACGCGCUAAACGGUAAGCUAUAAGCUAGUGUGCAAUUUUCGGACAUCGCCGUUGCCCCACUACUGCAGAGGAGGGAGGGGGAAUGAGUUUGUAAAACUUCAGCGAUUGAAACAAUCAGGAUGCGCUCCAUCUCCUGUGCUGUGUUUGGAGAGCGUUGUGUUAUUACACUACAUUACAUUAUUGGCAUUUGGCAGACGCUCUUAUCCAGGGCGACGUACCACACAGCACCCAAGGGAUAACCCCUAAACAGGCUUUUUCUGAGAAGUUGUGCAUCAAGCCUGAAGCUGAGGAAGAGUAAGCCAUGGAUAAAAGCUGGGAAGACCAUCGUCUGUGAUGAAAGAGCUUCAGAAACGACUCCAAAAUGAACACGUUCUUCAACUAACCCUUUACAGCAGUGGUGACCAACCCUAUUUCUGGAGAGGUACUGUCCUGUAAGUGUUCACUCCAACCCUAAUUUGGCACGCCUGACUCUUGCAACUUGCAUUCAAUCGUUAUAUUUAAAGAUCAGCAGAGGUAUUUUGGCAAAAAUGAUGAUCCAGCUCAAUCACCUGAGGGUAUCACUCCCUUAUUGAAUCCCACGUCAACUAAAUUUAUGAUUCAUAACCAUGGAAACUAACACUAACUAGCUGCACUAACCAACCAGACUACCUAGUUGAUCAUAAUUGUUCGGUUUCACUUUUAACACUUUCCAUUUUCUAUGCUAAUGUUGUUAGCCACGGGCUUUUGGCAAUUAAAGAAAAGUGGAAUGACGGUCCUGGAUUUCUGUUUUCAGCGUGGUAAGCCGCAAAGCAGCUUUCUGGUAUUUGGAAAAAAUCGCUAAGGUUUCAAUGCCUGGCUACAUUUUGUGCGUUUUUACAUUUAAAGACUCGUGGCCGACCGCUUCGUUCGUUUCCUGCCGAAGUUCCCCCCCGGUGGCUGAGCCUGGAGAGACUAUGACCCCCGUGGUGUUGUGGUGUUUUUGUGUUUUUGUGUACUUGUGUACGCUCUCGCCCACUGCACCUGUGGAAGCAGAGGAGCUGUCCACCGCUGACUUUGAGUUUUGCCGAAACUCUCCAAGCCGCUCCCGCGCUCUCCAGAGACCGCCCGGAUGCUCGGUCCACACAGGGGCGGAGAAACCACCCCGUUGUACCCGCCCGCUCCCAUACCUGAAGUCCUGUGUGGAAUACAGACGACACGCAGCGUGCAAGGCGUGUUCACCACCCGACACGGGGGAAAACUGUUCACAAAAUGCCCCAGCUUAGACAGUAUUUCGCCUUGAGUGAAUUCAUAGAUAUACAAUGUUAUUUAAUUGUGGGUAAAAAUGCUAAGUGAUUUAAUGGAUAUUUGGGAUGAGUUCUGUUUAAUGUUUGUGUUAUUGACAAGUAUUUUUCCGAAGUUUCUGAUUCAAUCGGGAGGGAAAGGAUGUUUUUAAUAAAGUUUUUAAUAAAAUGUGAAUCAUA